UAGGUAGCUUUGAAAUUAACAAAAUCUGCGCCACAUGUAAUAAUAAGUCGGUCUUCUGGAAUUGGACACUUCUGUUCCUUAAACCCCUCAAAUAAACCUUGUUAUUUUCAUCUUUCUUUAAGAAGGUUUCAGUUUUGGGAUAUUGGGGCUGAGCUGCUGUUGUGUGAAGUGAAAAAUGGGGAGACUAUUUUUGGUGGAUCUUGAAGGCAAAACUUACAAUUGCAAAUUCUGCAAAACCCAACUUGGCCAUGUUGAUGAUCUUGUUUCCAAGGCUUUUCAUUGUCGCAGGGGAAAAGCAUACCUGUUCAAUAAUGUGGUAAAUAUAACUUUUGGACCUCGCGAGGAGAGGACGAUGCUUUCUGGAAUGCACACUGUGACAGAUAUAUUUUGUUGUUGCUGUGGGCAGAUUCUUGGCUGGAAAUAUGAGACGGCCCAUGAGAAAAGCCAGAAGUACAAAGAAGGGAAAUUUGUCCUUGAGAGAAGCCGAAUCAUUGAUGGAGAAGUUGAUUCUGAAUUCUACAUUGAUACUCGUGCAAGCAUAAGUGAUGGUGAAGAUGCAUAAGUGAUUUUGUUUACAUUUGUAUUUAAAUACAAUGAUACUUUUAUGGUUGUAUCUUGUAGACUUAGCAAAAGAAUAGUUGUAUCUGUCCUCAAGUUUGUGGAUAUAGAAACUAUGUUGCUGCAGAAGUGUUUUUUAAUCAAUGAGAUUGCCUAGAGUAAAUGUU